UGUGCCUUCCUCUGUGGUUCUGAGUACCAAAGAAUGUUAAUAAUCUGGGUCCAGAGUCUCAUGGGAACCAUUGACUCCACAGCAGAACGCCUCUGUUCCUGCCACUGUUGAGGGAAGUGUGUCUGAAACUGCUGGAAGCUCUACCACAACACUGCUUUUCAUACCUCCUCAACGCUUCUUCGUGCAGCACAUCACACUGCUACAAUCUGAUGAUUGUUGUGGAUUCACAUUACGCAUACUGUUGCGCACUUCAUGUGGUUUCUUUUCACUGUUGAACGCAGCUUCCUGUCUACACUCAAGCUUUUCUUCCAAAACACUCAUUUUGGCUGCGGAUUAGACUGUGGUUUUGUGAGGGUCUCUUUCACCGCAGUUCUGACAGAUGACCUAUUGAAAUCAGUAAAGAACUGUCUGCCGGUUGCCAGGGCAACACUAGCUCGCUUCUGCUUUUUAUGCGCUCACGUGACUGGCCGUUGACGUCAUUGUGGGUGGGAUGCUGCCAGAGUUCGGUUCACUCUUGACUGCAAAGAGCUUCGUGGAAUCUUGAGGACUUGUUGAAUAAUCUUAGUCCUGGUGGUCUCUUCUAGCUGCCAGCAUCAUUCUUAUCAUCAGGUGUAAAUAGCCAGGUUAUGGACUGUUGAAGGCAGUGGAUAGCAGGGGGUAAAUAGAAAUAGAAAAAGAGUGCUAUCUCGUGAAACGAAAAACCAUGGGGAAGCAGAACAGCAAGCUCCGCCCUGAGGUGAUGCAGGACCUGCUGGAAAGCACAGACUUUACUGAGCAUGAAAUCCAGGAAUGGUACAAGGGCUUUCUACGGGACUGUCCCAGUGGCAACCUCUCAAUGGAGGAGUUUAAGAAAAUCUACGGAAACUUCUUUCCUUACGGGGAUGCCUCAAAGUUUGCAGAGCAUGUGUUCCGUACUUUCGAUGCGAAUGGCGAUGGCACAAUAGACUUUCGGGAGUUCAUAAUUGCAUUGAGCGUCACUUCACGAGGGAAGCUGGAACAGAAGCUCAAGUGGGCGUUUAGCAUGUAUGAUCUGGAUGGAAACGGAUACAUCAGCAAAGCAGAAAUGCUGGAGAUUGUGCAGGCGAUUUACAAGAUGGUUUCAUCAGUGAUGAAGAUGCCCGAGGAUGAGUCCACACCUGAGAAGAGAACAGAAAAGAUCUUCAGACAAAUGGACACCAACCGGGAUGGAAAGCUGUCUCUGGAGGAGUUCAUCAAAGGGGCGAAGAGCGACCCGUCCAUUGUGCGUCUGCUACAGUGUGACCCCAGCAGUGCAGGACAGUUCUGAGAUCAGCGUCUCAUGCUUCAACCUUUUAUUUAUUUAUGGGUUUUCAUUUAGUCUUUGAUAUAGUCGCUCCAUCCACUCGCAGGGAAAUGAUGGAGGGUGAGGUUUUUUUCCAGAGUAGGGCAUCUGGGUCUCAUCAGACUGAGCUUGGCCAGAUAUAGAAACACACACACACGUGCACACAGAGUUAUUGGCUGCGUUAUCUCUGUAGGGAGCCGCAGCGGGUCUGGAAGAGGCCUGUGAUGGAGUGAGUUAGGGUAACAAGAGCAUUUAUCUGAGCUCGAAUCACUUCCUGAUUAGAAAAGAGGUUUCAUGUCUAAAUAUAUAAAUAGUCAGUUUUAUUCUUAUUUUCUCUGGCAAUUAGGUGAGGCAGUUUCAGCUUGACUAAGACAGGAAUAUAAGAUGCACUCAGUAAAAUGUUUUUUUUUUUUUGUUUUUUUUUAAAUCUGAUGCCUGAAUCAAUAGUGUGUAAACACCUCCGCCUUAGGGAUUUACAUAUUUGGGUUAUUUUAAACUUUAUUUAGACUAUGUAGUUUCUCUCAAUUCAUAGUUCGGCCAGCAUUAUUAUUGGCAGAUCACAGUAUUAUUAUCCAAUGGGACCAAUUAAUCAGGCGUGCAGAUUUUCCAGUUGUAUGAAUUCCCACAUUGUGCUAACAAUGUAAAGAGCCUUAUUACUUAGUGCUGGAAGCGCACAUUCAGUUUUGCGUGGUUUAGUUUGGUUUUAAUCGGACAGUCUAGGUUCAAAAGACAUGAAAUGAACUGCGUUCUCUUUUACCAGUUUUCUAAUGUUUGUACUCCAGUAACUGUAGGCUUGUAUAUAAACCUGAAAUAUCAGACACGCAUGCAAAACUGUACUUAGAGUUCCAUCCUAGGAUUCAGCAGUCGGUUUUAUUGACAGUUUUAGCAGAAGCAUGUAACCACGUUUAUCUGCAUUAGUGGACAGGAGAGUAUUUGUGUAAUGCGUAUGCAUGUGUUGUGUGUAUGUGUUUGGUUAAUAUCAGUUACGGCCCUGUUUGCUCAUCGUGGCUCUAGAUGUUGUGAUGCAUCGUUUGCAUAAUUGCAGAACGAUUUGUUAUUGAAGAAGAACUAAAGCUUUAUUGAUUGAAAGCUAAUAUGAUUUUAGAAUCACAUUUAUCUGCUGUACAGACAGUCUUUUACUCUGGAUUGUACACAUGAGCAUCAUCAAGUUUCUGAAUUGCCUUAUAAACACUCAAGUGUUUCUGUGGGUGACUGAUUUUCAUAUGGCGUUGUUGGUUGUUUGUUUUUUUAAUUAAGCUUAAAUUGCAGUAAAUUUGCUUCCAUCAUCCAUCUGUUGAAGAGUUGUGCUCCAUGUUCUUCCCAUUCACCCAUAUAAUUAUGUUGACGGCCUUUCACUUAAUUUAUGACUCUGUCAUAUUGAGUUACAUGCUCAUUUUAAAAUAACAUCAAGAGUGUUAAGAGGAAAUAGCACCCAUCGCUUUUCAAAUGCCCCUUGCAUUCAUGUUGUAUUCAUUCCUUUAUCCAUUUCACUUGUGAAACUAAUUGAAUUGAACAAACGGAGGAGAGGAUUUAUUUAGAAAUCCUAAUAGUUCCCGAAUCCCCCUCUGCUAACUGCUUCUACUGAUGUUCAAUGUUCUUGAAUGUCCUUGUCAACGUCAAAUGCCUCACCACAGUGCAUUCGGUUCUGCUAUACUGUUAAUGAAUGUUUUUUAUGUUUAUUUUUUUUUUACUUGUUGAACAACUGCUGUUUUUGUAAAAAUUUAGAAAAGGAAAUGUUAAAGUGGCAGACCAAACUGCUCUAAUUUUAUGUAUUAUGCAUAUUUUAUGUCGUUUUUUUUUUUUUUUUUUUUAAACAUCUGACGUAACUUUUCUGUAUCACAGUUAUAUCAUGUGGUCAGGUGCCAAAAAUAUGAAAGCAGUAUUGUAUAAAUUUAUACUGUACAACUGUUAUUUGUCAAACAAAUUGUUUGUAAUUGUUGCAUUUUGUAGAUUUUGUAUGGUAAUCUGUAUUUUGUGACUGUAGAGUUGAGACAUAGAGAUUUGUUUUGAUUAUCAUAUUGAGCAGACAUUAAAUCUUGAGAGAACAAAGC